CAGAUUUCUGCCGGAGAAUCUCAGCAUCCCACUUCAUCGCUAAAUGAAGCUUCAGGAGAGGUUUGCUUUGGGGGCUCAGCCCGAACCCCCAGCCUGAUGAAAGCUGCUGUGCCAGGAACUGGAAGACAAAAAGAAAAGUGAUGCAGAGGGGAGAUGAGACAGCCUUUCAAACACCCCCGAAUCAAGCCCUUCUGAAGAGUUUAUGGGAAAUACCCCUGCUUGCCAAGAGCAAAUCUGUGAAAGUGUAACACCAAAGUGACAUCGGAAAGAGGAAGCGCCCCAGAGCCGGCGCGGCGGCAGGCGAUCCCAGGCUGCUGCUGGUGUAUCUUCACCCGCUUAUCUCUUAACGUCACCCAUCUUGUGGGUCAGCUGCCUCCCAGAGCCCAGGCGCUGCGGUCCUUUCUGCAGGCUCCAGAAAGGUUUCAGAAGGGCUCCAGAAAUAGCUGCAUCUACGGGGUGGUGGUGGACCUUCACGCCGCUGGGCUGUGUCCCAUGGAUUAACGCCCGAGCAUGGCUCGUCACAUUGUUUCUGGGGACUUCGCAGUGCAUUUAGUCCAGACGUGCCGUUCUGAAUCAUGCCCAGCUGCAACCUUCACUUGCAUAAACCAGCCUGGAGAUGUUUGGUUACUAGGCGAACCCAAAGGUUGGGAAACCAAUGUCUUCCGAAGCAGUUUUUCAGUUCAACAUUAAUGCAAAGUCCAAGUAAAUGCCAGUCGUUUGCAUCCGGAUCUGCCUGGAGAGGUGCCAGCAAUGAUGUCCUGACCCCAAGUAAAUGCCAGCCCUCCUGUAUGAGCAUGGAAACCUCCGGUGCCCUCAGCUGGAAAUGGGGGCUGUAGCUGUGGAGCAGAUGCCGACCGAACACCUCGCACCAAUGCCGUCCAUCGACAUGUGGGAGAGCCAGAAAACUCCCAGCAGUGACCUUCCUCCAGCUGGUUGGCGAUAACUGGGUAUCCAGGUAUCCAUGAGGGACAGGCAGAAAGUUUAAAAAAAAGCAAAAAAAGAUUUACGGACAGAAUUAAAGGAAGGUGAGAAUAUCCCCCCAGCAGUGCUCUUCUGAGCUCUGUGCAGCUCGCACGCUGACCGCAGCAGCGUCGAGCCCCCUGCGACUGCCAUGCAGCACCUCGUGUUAAAUACGGAAACUUGGCCCUCCCUGUGACAGCGGCUACGCGUCCUCCGAGGGAUGUGUGGAAGUUCCUGAAGAUCAAAAAGCAGGUGGGAACAGAGAGCCAAAGGAACGCCCCGACAGACAACAUUGUGUUUCUUCAGCGCUCGAGAUAUUUUUGAAGCCCCCUGUGUCUCCAGCGCACGUGUCUCUGAGAUGUCACUGAGAGCCGAAAGCCAUGCAGCUACAUCGACGCUGAAGAAGAUUGCUGCAGACAUGAGCAACAUCAUCGAGAGCCUGGACACCAGGGAGCUCCACUUUGAGGGGGAGGAGGUCGACUCGGAGGUGCUCAAUGACCCAAAAGGCACCGCGUGCAUUCCCUUCUCCGCCAUCUAUCACACCCGUGGGUUCAAAGAGCCGGGCACGCAGACGUACCUCACGGGAUGUCCUGUUCGAGUGCGUGUGUUGGAAGUUGAACGCUUUACUUCCACAAAGAAGGUGCCGAGCCCCAAUGUUUACACCAUCGAGCUGACCCAUGGAGAUUUCACCUGGCACGUGAAAAGGAAGUUCAAGCACUUCCAGGAGUUUCACAGGGAGCUGCUGAGGUACAAAGCCUUCGUGCGCAUCCCUAUCCCUACCAGGAGUCACACGGUGAGGAGACAAUCCAUCAAAAGGGGAGAACCGAGGCAGAUGCCGAGUUUGCCACACACCGCGGAGAGCACGGUGCGGGAAGAGCAUUUCUCCAGCAGGAGGAAACAGCUGGAAGACUACUUGACAAAGAUCCUAAAAAUGCCGAUGUACAGGAACUACCACGGAACGAUGGAGUUCAUUGGAGUAAGCCAGCUGUCGUUCAUCCACGACCUGGGACCGAAGGGCAUAGAAGGGAUGAUCAUGAAGCGCUCCGGGGGCCACCGCAUACCUGGCCUGAACUGCUGCGGCCAAGGAAGGAUGUGCUACCGAUGGUCCAAAAGGUGGCUGGUGGUGAAGGACUCCUUCCUGCUGUACAUGAAGCCAGACUCGGGGGCCAUUGCCUUUGUCCUGCUGGUAGAUAAGGAAUUCAACAUUAAAAUAGGCCAGAAAGAAACAGAAACUAAAUACGGGUUGCAGAUCGACAAUCUCUCCAGGUCGCUGAUUUUGAAGUGUAACAGCUACCGGCAUGCCCAGUGGUGGAGGCAGGGCAUAGACGAGUUCGUUCGGAAACACGGCAAGGACUUCCUGACAGAGCACCGCUUCGGCUCGUACGCGGCCGUGCAGGAGAACACGCUGGCCAAGUGGUAUGUCAAUGCGAAGUGGUACUUUGAGGAUGUCGCAAAUGCCAUGGAAGCGGCUAAGGAAGAGAUUUUCAUCACAGAUUGGUGGCUGAGCCCAGAAAUCUUCAUGAAACGACCCGUUGUGGAAGGAAAUCGCUGGCGACUGGACUGCAUCCUCAAGAGGAAAGCGCAACAAGGAGUGAGAAUUUUUGUUAUGCUGUACAAAGAGGUGGAGCUUGCCCUAGGGAUCAACAGUGAAUAUAGCAAGCGGACGCUCAUGCACCUCCAUCCAAACAUUAAGGUGAUGAGACACCCAGACCACGUGUCCUCCUCCGUGUACCUCUGGGCCCACCACGAGAAGCUCGUCAUCGUUGACCAGUCCGUGGCAUUUGUGGGUGGCAUCGACUUGGCGUACGGCAGGUGGGAUGAUGAUGAGCAUCGCCUGACCGACGUGGGCAGUGUCAAACGAAUGGUGGCAGUGAAGUCGGUGUCGACGACCAACCUGGCCUCUGCAGCGGAGUCGUCUGAAUGCAUCCCCCUGCAGUCUGAAGCUCUGUCCCCAGAGAGCCACUUGUUCCAGAGGAACGCAGAAGACGCCCCAGACAUACCGAAAAUGAAAGGAGUAGGAAAACCCAAAAAAUUUUCAAGGUUCAGUAUUUACAAGCAUCUCCACAGGCACGGCAUGCACCACGCUGACAGUGUCAGCAGCAUAGACAGUGAAUCAAGUUACUGUAACCCCACUAGAAGUCAGCCGAAUAUAAUCCAGAGUUUAAAGCCCCAUCUGAAAGUGUUCCGUCACCACAGUGAAUCCAAAGAGGGGCUCGCUGAGCCUCAGAAGGAUAAAGGAUCCAUCCGCAGCUUGAAGACGGGCGUUGGCGAGCUGCUUGGGGAAACCAGAUUCUGGCACGGGAAAGACUAUUGCAACUUCGUCUUUAAAGACUGGGUUCAACUUGACAAACCUUUUGCUGACUUCAUUGACAGAUACACCACCCCGAGGAUGCCCUGGCAUGACAUCUCCUCCGUGGUGCACGGCAAAGCUGCGCGUGACGUCGCCCGACACUUCAUCCAGCGCUGGAACUUCACCAAGAUUAUGAAGCCCAAGUACCGGUCCCUGUCCUACCCAUUCCUGUUGCCAAAAUCUCAGCAAACUGCUAACGAGCUGAAGUAUCAGGUGCCCGAGGCUGUUCAUGCCACAGUCCAGGUGAUCCGUUCUGCUGCUGACUGGUCGGCCGGCAUCAAGUACCACGAGGAGUCCAUCCACAACGCCUACGUCAGCGUGAUAGAACACAGCAAGCACUACAUCUAUAUCGAAAACCAGUUUUUCAUUAGCUGCGCUGAUGACAAAGUUGUCUGGAACAAGAUUGGGGAUGCGAUUGCUCAGAGGAUUCUGAAAGCUCACAGGGAAAACAAGCGUUUCCGAGUAUACGUGGUGAUCCCGCUGCUGCCCGGCUUUGAAGGAGACAUUUCGACGGGCGGGGGGAAUGCUCUGCAGGCCAUAAUGCACUUCAACUACAGGACCAUGUGCCGAGGAGAGAACUCAAUCCUGGGACAGCUGAAGGCAGAGGUUGGAGAUAAGUGGAUAAACUACAUAUCGUUCUGUGGACUUCGAACGUAUGCCGAGCUGGAAGGAAAGCUUGUGACGGAGCUCAUCUACGUGCACAGCAAACUGCUCAUUGCUGACGACAACACGGUUAUAAUCGGCUCUGCCAACAUCAACGACCGCAGCAUGCUGGGGAAGCGGGACAGCGAGAUGGCCAUCAUCGUGCAGGACACCGAGACCAUCCCCUCCGUGAUGGAUGGGGAGGAUUACAGCGCCGGGAAGUUUGCCCAGUCCCUACGGCUGCGGUGCUUCAGGGUCAUCCUUGGUGGUUCCGAUCUCAGUCCGGAACACCAGGAUCCCGUCUGCGACAAAUUCUUCAAGGAGGUGUGGAUUUCUACAGCGGCUCGCAAUGCCACCAUCUUCGAUAAGGUUUUCCGAUGCCUUCCCAGUGACCAGGUGAAUAAUUUAACCCAACUGCGUGAUUUCAUCAACAAGCCCAAAUUAGCGACUGAUGAUCCUGCGAAAGCAGCAGAAGAAUUAAAAAAGAUCCGUGGGUUUUUAGUACAAUUCCCCUUUCGCUUUCUGGAGGAAGAGCACUUGCUUCCCUCCGUCGGAACAAAGGAGUCCAUGGUACCCAUGGAGGUUUGGACUUAAGAAGGUGCAGGCUGCUUUACGUUUUAAAGUCUGGUUGUCUAGAGUCCAGUCAAUGACCAAUGCGGGAUUUUGGAAAGACUUUUAUUGCUAAGGGAAGUGAAGAAAGAUCUCCACCAAGCUGAUGUGCCUUUCUUAAGGAUUUUGGUGGGGGAACUUGAAGCAAAUUGACACUAGCAAAGGAGGGCAGCAGAAAGACUGGGAAAUGAUGGCAAAGAGAAGCUUAACCUCUGAAGGAGUUACUUCUUGAGACGCGUUCUGAGCACCUAAAGGAUGCAGGCCACUUCCUAGGACAGGAAGCAAAUCCCCGUUAGUGUUGUUACUGCUGCCAGCUGUAUACCGUGGUUGCAUACGUACCGUGAUCGUGCCGUGGCUGCGCAGGGCUCGUGGGCUGUGUGUGCUUCUAAGGCUUUCGGGUGUCCGCGCCUCGGCUCGCUGGAGUCGCCCCAUCUCACCCCUUCCUACGCCGUCAGAGCACGUCGUGCAGCCCCGGCGCUGUCGGGAGGUGCUGCUCGGUGCUGCCUUGGGCUGCCCUACACCUUUGCCAAGUGUAGGUGUUUCACUUCUUAAAUGGAAAGGGGCUAACAAUCUCGUAUCGGAAUCAGUGUUUCGGUCUCUUCUUCCCUCUAGCGGGGCGGGGGGGGAUGUUGCUACCACAGCUAGAGCAAUCAGCAGUCCUCAGGCGCAGCACGGUGGUGCCCAGGUCUUGGCAAAGACCAGCCUUGAUGGAGCCGGAGGUGCUGGAAAUCACUGGGGUUUGCUGGCCUUCAUGGAAACGCAGCACGUCAGUUUGUUCAAACUGUGUGCGAAGGCUUUUCUCCAGGAGAGGAGCAAGGUUUAAACUCGAGCCUUAGAUCUCCAGAGCUGAAGGAAAGGGAGGGACUGCGUGUCACGGGACAGAAACUCGAAAGCUGGGCAAAGCUCUGUGCUCUGGGUCCUCCAUUCAUGUAUUUAGAUUGCAGCAUGUGGGGAGAAAAGGGAUGGAAGGAAAAGUCUACCUUUUUAAAAGAAGGGAAAGGCUGUUAAGCUAGAGCUGAGGCCACGCUCAAACUGAGCUGGCGUGUCGCUUUGUGGAUGGGGUGACCGCAAGGGUGCAAGGAGACUUUGCUAUGAGUCUGGCCCCAACCCUUGAGCGUGGUGGUGCAGGAGGUGUCUUCCCAAGCGCAAGUAAAACGCUGCAUGCCCGCUCCUGUUUUCCCUUUCCAUAAGACAGUUUCCAAAGCUAUUUUGCGUCUCACCGUGCAGCAAAGCAGUGAUUUGAUUCAGCAUCCCUGGGCAAAAAACACUACUGCUCCUGGGUCGGGACCUCGCGUGGUGGGUGCCGUCCUGGGUCUUUACACCUUCCUCCAUCUUGCGAGGAGUUGUCUCUCCUGAUAUCGUGCCCAGCUCCAGCUGCGGUCUCGGGAGCGGUGUUCCCCAUCGGGUGGCAAUGCUGUGUCGAACACUAAGAGAUCAGGGCAUUAGAAACACCCAAGGAGAGUUGGAUCUGGAGGAGUGGGAGGCUGAGCCCUCUGCUGCCAGCGCGUCCGGGGGCAUCCCCUCAGUAGCUGGGUAUAACGCUGUGCCCAAUUCUCCUUGGUCGAAAGUCCAGGGCAGACUGGUAUUUACUCUAGUUCACAAGCAUGGUUCUUUUUUUCCUUUUUUUGGCUCUUCCAACAGUCUCACCUAGUUUUAACUGGAAAAGAACCGUACCGAUCGCCUAGCUAUCCCCAAAACAUAGCUGGCCCCAUGUAUUAGCCAACUGCCUUCUGUGUCUUCAGAUCUGAAAAUAGGCGCCAGGUAAUUCUGUACCUGCUGCAUCCCCCGAGCAAGUAACGACGCCAGACAUUCCUGCGGGACAGCCGGAGUCUCAGCCCUUUCCUGCAGCUCCUGCUGGUUUGCGCUCGUGUUUUGGAGCUGCUGUUGCCCAUUGCAGUCCCUUCUGGCUGGUGAGCCUGUUGGCAGUGCACGUGCAGCAUUGUAAGUGAUGGUCUUUGGUCCAGGGGGUCGAUGCUUUUAAGCUGGCACGCUGUGAGCCGAUAAGUACAUUCCCUUGAUUUUUAUUUUUUUUUUCCCCCUUAAAAAAAUUGAUCUGGGGUCACCCCCUGCAGCGCCGGAGCAAUAUGUGCCCCGACCAUUUGCAAUCAAGAAAGAUCAAAGGUGUCUCGUUAUUUCACGUCAGUGCUAGUUCAGAGCUUUUUAUCUCUUGAUAACGUUUUUAGCUGGUUUAGGUUGAACAAAGCUGCUAACUUUAAACAAUUACAGCCUGUCAGAGAAUCAUGGUAAGGCACACAGAUCUGUAUUCAUAGCUGAAGCAUUCAACCCCCCCACCCGUACACGUGAACCUUGAAGACUCCUGUCAUCUUCUAAGUGCUCUUAUUGUCCCCGUCCUCAUGUUAGCAAAGAUUCCUGUAAUUGUUAAAUUAUCCUUAUAUUGACUUUUAAGCUGGUAGGUAGCUAAUUACUGGGGCUUCGUAACUCCAGUGGCGUUAAUUCCCCCUCUGCCAGGCUGCUUUGGGGAAAAACCACCGGGUUCUGCAGCGCUCAGCCCGCCACGCGAUGGCCGCUGGUCCCAGGCGACGCAGCAGAGCCACGGAGGAGAGAUCUAACGGACUGAUUCUUACAAAAAGGUGCUAAUUAAAAAGGUCUUUCGUUAUUAAAGUAGCAGACAGGCCUCGCAUUGGCUGCCUGUCUGGGAGGAGGUUUCCCUCUGCGGGAACGGAGGAGCCGGCGCUGAACAUCCCUUCCCUGUGUCAACGCUAAAUUCCUGACGCCAGGAAUUUCGUAGCGUUCAGACGUGAUGGCACGGCUCCUGUUGGCUCUGAUGUUCGGAGCUGGCUCCUCGGGUCCCAUCGGCUGGAGGUUUAUUUCUUAUAUUAAGAAGCCCGUGGGGUUGAACACCUUGAGUGAGUUGAUUUCUGCACCGGAACAAUCACUACUUCCCAGGCCGUCAUUCCAGCGUGGGUUUAGUUUUGAUACCUUCAAACUGGAGAGGAUCGCUUGCAAAUACACAGUACUGUAACAAGCGAUGUGGACUCAAGCACUAGCAAACCCAGAAACAUUUCUUGUGGCGUUUAUUUGUUAGAACUAUCAGAAAUGAGAACUUCUUCCAGGCUCAGACUUUAUUUUGUAGCUCAGUGCGAGUAGAACACUCUUUUUUUUUUUUUUUUUUUUUUUUUUUUCCCUGUAAUUUAUUCCUUAACAUGUGCCACUUGGAGAACUCACGCUCCUUACCGUAUCUUUUUAAUAUUCUGAUAUUUUUAAAUACGUGUUUUGUUGUAUAGAUGUUGGACUGGAUAAGUAUUUCACUGCAAAAUUAAUGCAUGGUUUAAAAAAUGAGGGAUAAAAUGUCAUCAUAUGUAAGAACUUUACUAAAAAAUAAUCAGUAGGAGAACUACUCCAGUGCUCCAUGGCAGAUGCGAAGCGCUCGGCUCAGUCGCUGGUCUCUUGGUCUCCGUUUGUCGCCUGACUUGAUGUGACCUUUGCUGGAUUAAACCCCAAACGCUCCGCUUUCCUUUCUUUUGAUCAGGUUUCACAACGUGAUUUUUGCAAUCCUGGUGCUGCCCCCCAGGGGAGAUCUCCAUGCGGGUUUUGCCUGUCUGGGACCCUGGCAGUAAUAAUUUACAAUAUCUUCAUUCCUUCCAAAGAAAGACCCAUGUACAAUCAAGCUCAGACGUGGUUUGCUGUUGUUAUUGCAGUGUAACAGGUCUUUUGUAGUCAGGACAGUCGGGGGGGUGUAAUCUGUGCACAGAGGCUGCAUCUGGGGGGGCGUUUAACUGGAUGGUCCUUUAGGUUGAUGCUGCUUCCUUCUCCUCCUGCCGCAUGUAAAGACCCAAACCCAGGCAGGUCUGAACUGACACCCCCCAUCAGCUGCGGAGCGGCUGCGCUGGUUUUCUGGCAGGAAGGACGUGGUCCUGGUCUGUAGGACAUGGUGGUGGUCGAGGUGAAGAAAGCAAGUGGUGUCCAGAUUGGGUAUACGGGUAGAGGUUGGCAUCUCUUGGGUGGCCCACAAGAGGCGAAUGCAUUCUUGCGUUUUGGGGCUUUGUUUUGAACGGGCCAUCCCUUCUGCACGGCUGAGGUCCUGCCGGAAUCAGGAGCUCUGCAGAAUGGAGGUUUAAAGCAGGAGCGUAACGCCGUGGCAAUGAAUCAAGUUAAGCCUGUGAAAUUAAGGUAGAUCAAAGUGGAGCAGACCCACAAACUGUACAUCGACCACUGAAUGCAAUGAUCCCCUUGGGCUUUCGCUCCCCCCCUCCCCCCCGCCUGCUUCCUUGUUGUAUUUUCCAAUAUUUGUGACUGUUCAAUUUUUAACCUCCCACUCUGUGUUCAUAAAAUCUCCUCCAAGUAAAUAAUUCCGACUUACCUGACUCUUUCUUGAUGCUCGGGAAACGAGAAGAAGUGUCGGAGGUCGCAGUUCUGGGAAUGGUUUGGGGUUGGGGUUUGGUUUUUUUUGUUCUUUUUUUUUUCCUAAAUCGUGUCUCUAGCUAAACUAAUCGACAAAAGGAGAGCAAGAGCUUCCACGUGGAGCGUGAGCGCCGGCCUCUGCGCAUCUCCACCUUCCGCCGGUGCGGUUGUGAACACUGAA